AUGAAAUGCCUGCUGGACCGAGCUGUCCCUAAGGCGGCCCCCACGUCGGCCCCUGAUGAAGCCCCUGAUGAAGCCCCUGAUGAAGUCCCUGAUGAAGCCCCUGAUGAAGUCCCUGAUGAAGCCCCUGAUGAAGUCCCUGAUGAAGUCCCUGAUGAAGUCCCUGAGGCAUGUCGCCGUGGUCAGAUCUGGAGUCUGGAGCUGCGGCAGUGCCAGGCAUCCUGUCUGACCGUGCUGCUCUGUGCUCUGCCCUCUUGGAGCUGCCUGAGGGCCCUCACUCUGCACAGCGACAGUGUGCUGUCCCAUGCUUCUGUCCUGCAGCUGUGCCAGGCCUUACAGCCUGGAGGAGGGCUGACAGAGCUCAGCAUCAGUACCCUACCCUGCCCCUCUCUCCUGGAGCAGCUGCUGGAGGCCUGUCCUCGCCUGCUGACCCUCAGUGCAGAAGUCCACAGCAUUAUGCAUGGUCCAGCCACAGCAAACAGCCACUGUGUCACCUCACUGGACGAUGACGAUUCAGACCACCCCCUGCAGACCCUGAGCGUCAGCAUGAACCAGCAGCCCUCCCAGCUCCUUGCCUUAGCGCCUCUGCUCCAGCGCUGUCGUGGCCUGAGCUCCCUGCACCUGUGUGGGCUGAGACUGCGGAGUGGAGCCUGCUACGGCCAGCUGCUUUCCACUAUCACUGGCGUGUCACUGGUCCAUGGCGUGUCCAGGCUGCUCACACCCAGACACGUCAUGGACCAGUGA